AUGUUGUGGGCUUUGGGGGGAUGCAUCGCAGCUCUCAUAAUUUCAGUGUGCCUCUUCACCUCCUUUUUUAUAAUUAGUGAUUAUCCUACAUGCUCGUGGCCACAUGAAAAGGAAUCUUGCGGGAUCAUAUUCAACAAUUCUGCAGUACCACAUUCAUAUUGGGUGGAUCCCAGUUACGAAGUGAUAUGUGAAGACAACAAAGCGGUGAUGUACAUAAACUAUGGAAGACGUGACGCAGCCGCCAUUAUAGCAGCACCUAAUUCCACCACCACCUUCCGUUACAUCACAACCGGAGUUGGAUCAGGUCAUCCCAAUUAUUGCUCUCUCAUCAAUUCUCUCUCCUUACCGUACGAAGACAUCACCUUCUCCACUUUUCCUGCUGAUCGUAUUAGUGAUUCUUUGAUAGUUGUCAGCUGCGAAAAACCAGUAAAUCAUGAUGGCUACUGGGACAUCUCAGCAGCGCACUGUGGCAAAAACGAAAACCUUUAUUAUUCUUAUGCUUUGUUCGGACCUUACGUCACGGCCGCAGACGUGGCGGAGUCAUGCACCGUAGACUUGAAGGUAACGAUAAGUCGGUUGAGAACGAUGAGAUGUAGCAGAAACUGUACUUAUCCAGAGAUUCAGAGUGAGUAUGCGAAGGGGAUAGACCUUCGGUGGCGACCAUUACGCUGCGAUGACCGGGAACCGGAACCGGAACCGGAACCGGAUCGGGAUGAGAUUCAGGUUGAGUACAAGUACUCCUAUUUUGGAAGUAAAUCCGACUGCACGCAGCACGCAGUAGCGUACAGUUUCGUCUAUUUUGGAAUGAGUGGGAUGGCAUGGGUCGUUGUAAAAUUUGUACUUGGGUCACCCUUUGUGGUUGCUUUCUUGAUAUGUAAAUGGAGAAAAAGGAAUUUAUCCGGAGAUGUUGAUGACACGGUUGAAGAUUUUAUACAGAGUCACAAUAAUUUCAUGCCCAUAAGGUACUCUUACUCUGAAAUAAAAAGGAUGACCAAAGGUUUCAAGCUUAAGUUAGGUGAAGGAGGCUAUGGUACUGUUUAUAAAGGGGACCUUCGAAGCAAACGUAUUGUAGCUGUUAAGGUAUUAUUGACCAAGGCCAAAACCAAUGGAGAGGAGUUCAUCAAUGAAGUUGCAACCAUUGGAAGAAUUCGUCAUGUCAAUGUGGUCCAGCUAAUUGGAUUCUGUGCUGAGAGAACAAAGCAAGCUCUUGUCUACGAGUUCAUGUCUAAUGGGUCUCUUGAGAAACACACAUUUUCACAAGAGCAAGCAAACUUACCAAUAAGCUACCAGAAAAUCUAUGACAUUUCUCUUGGAAUUGCUCGUGGGAUUGAAUACCUACACCAAGGUUGUGACAUGCAAAUCAUACACUUUGAUAUAAAACCUCAUAACAUUCUUCUUGAUGAGAAUUUCAAACCCAAGAUAUCCGAUUUUGGGCUGGCAAAGUUGUACCGAAUAGAUGAAAGCAUUUUAUCCCUAACAGCAGCAAGAGGAACAAUGGGAUACAUGGCUCCUGAGUUGCUGUACAAAAACAUUGGAGGCAUCUCACACAAAGCUGAUGUUUAUAGUUUUGGGAUGAUGUUGAUGGAAAUGGCAGGUAGAAAGAAGAACUUAAAUUUUAUGGAGAAUUCUUGGCAAAACUACUUUGCUAAAUGGGUUUAUGACCAAUUUGAGGAAACAAUAGAAAUAAACAAUGCCACCGAUGAAGAAAAGAAUAUAGCAAAGAAGAUGAUUGUGAUAGCCUUAAAAUGUAUACAAAUGAAGCCAGGUGAUCGUCCCUCAAUGAACGAAGUGAUAGAGAUGCUUGAAGCUGAUGAUGUGCUCCAAGAUGUUCUUCCACCAGAUCCAGGACCUCUCCUAACUUGGCAAAGGAUGUCAGCAGAUGAAAAUGGAUUUGAUGACAACUUCCAUUCAUCAUGAGUUACACAUGGAGGAUCAAUGAGCAUGAGAAUAAAACUGAUAAGU